AUGAAUGUACCCUCUCAAGUAGAGGCACCAGAAGAGAAGACUGUCGAUCGUGAAAAGAUUUGUCCUCUUCUGUUGCGUAUAUUCUGUGCGAAUGGCCGACACAAUCCGCUCAGUGAAUAUGGACGUGGCAGCACACCAGCAAAUGAAUUACAAAUCUAUACAUGGAUGGAUUGUACAUUACGUGAACUGAUGUCGCUUAUUAAAGAAGUUAAUCCAGAUGCACGUCGACGGGGUACAGUCUUCGAUUUCGCCGUCGUAAGUCCCGACCGUUUCACACCUCGUUAUGUGAUACGUGAUAUUGGUAAUACGAUGAAUGGACAACGUGGUGUUGACGACAAUAAAACCCUGGCGAAUUGUAAAUUCGAGAUCGGUGAUUUUAUUGAUGUGGCCAUAACGUUACCAGCGCUGGGAGGUGGAGGCGGUUUAAUGCGACGUGGUCCUCCAAUAGGAAUGGGCAUGCGUGAUCGUUCACCCAUUCGCAGGAGGUAUUGA